AUGAAGAUUUGGACCUCAGAACACACUUUCAACCAUCCGUGGGAGACGGUUGCACAAGCAGCAUGGCGAAAAUACCCAAAUCCUAUGAACCCUGCAGUAAUUGGCACAGAUGUAAUCGAAAGAAAGGUUGUUGAUGGAGUUUUAGUCACACAUAGACUCGUCAGUUCAAAGUGGUUUUUUCCAAGAUGGGCACAAGCACUUAUAGGAACAGCAAAAAUAUGCUAUGCUAGUGAAAGGUCAGAAGUAAAUCCUAAUGAACGAGAAAUGACUUUAAAAACCACUAAUUUGACAUUUUGUCACUAUAUAGCUGUUGAUGAAACAGUACGAUAUACACCAGACCCAUCAGACACAUCUAAAACUUUACUAAAACAGGAAGCAGUAGUCACAGUACAGGGCGUACCACUUAGUAACUACAUGGAAGAUUUACUAGCAAAUAAAAUAUCAUUAAAUGCCGGUAAAGGACGACAGGCUAUAGAAUGGGUCAUAGGAAAAAUAGAUGCAGAAAUUAAAGAACUUGCUAGUACAGCAUGUAAAAGCACAGAUGAACUCUUAUCACAGACAAAGAAAUCUCUGGAUGACAUCACUUCAACAGCCAGGAGAUCAAUGGACGACAUAUCAUCAAAAGCGAAAAGAUCUCUUGAUGAUAUAGAAAAAUUCACUACUGCUAAUGCAAACCAAAGGAGCUGA